AUGAAAAUAGUUCACAAUUACAAAAAUUGGAUAUUCGUUCCACCAAAAAGUGUAGCUUUUCGGUUGUUCAUGUGGAAGUGAAAAUGAAGCCACUGGCUCUUCUUCUUCAUCCACCAACCAUCUCUUCAGCUCCUCUUCGCUUCAACUCCUCCAAAUCCCACCUUCGAAAUCGUCCCUUUAUCCUCUCCUGUUCCGCACUUCAAUCUGGAUCGAUAAAGGAUGGGACAUCUUCGAAGUCUGAGUACAAGCCUGGAAUUCUCGACGACUUCUUCCUCAACGUCUUCCGGAGCAAAAUGGUUCAGGAGGUGGGCUGGGAUUCUGAGAAACCUGGAUAUGGUGGACUAAUUGAAGUCGCUAGCAGGCUCACAAUGACGGGCAGAACCAAUUCUGAGACCAUAGAAGCGUCGGUUCGGAUUUUAACAGCUUUGUUUCCUCCUCUUCUGUUGAAACUUUAUCGAAUUUUGGUAUCGCCUAUAGCUGGUGGGAAAGUGGCUGCCAUUAUGGUCGCGAGGGUGACGGCGUUGACUUGUCAAUGGCUUAUGGGAACGUGCACAGUAAAUUCAAUUGAAUUACCUGAUGGAUCGUCUUGCCAAAGUGGGGUCUUCGUUGAAAAGUGUAAGUACUUGGAAGAAAGCAAAUGCAUAGGAAUUUGUAUAAACACCUGCAAGCUUCCGACUCAGAGUUUCUUCAAGGAUCAGAUGGGAAUCCCUCUAUUAAUGGAGCCAAACUUCAAUGAUUAUAGUUGUCAGUUUAAAUUUGGCGUUCUUCCUCCUCUGCCUGAAGAAGACAGCAUUCUCAAAGAGCCUUGCUUGGAGAUAUGUCCUAAUGCCACAAGAAGAAGAGAAGUUUCAGGGAAGAUGAGUGCAGCACAGUGUCCAAAAGCAUAGACCAACAGACCUUCAACUUGCUCGGGAUCGUGCUGAAUUAGCUUAGCCACUUCACUCCUGCUACAGCUGAAUUCUCAAGGAAGCCUCUUGAUUGCACCAACAUAUGUUAUUCUUGUUGCAUUGUUGUGAUUCAUCCAAAGGUUAUAGAGGAAAUAGUUACUCACAACUUGUAUAUAUGAUUCGUUAGCUACAAAAUUGUGCAAAUACUACUCCAAAAGAAAUAGUAUAUGUUAUUUACCCUCGAGUUAUGCUCAUGUUCACACUAACAAAAUGAGUUGGUUGAGUGGACAACUCCAAGUUUCUAAAAGUACGAGUAUCCUUCUUAAACCUUUCA